UUUUUAUAGACUUUAGAAACAUACAAUAUGAAAAGAAAAACAAUGAGUAUGACACAAGACGACUACUCUAAACAACUCUUCAAAAACCUAAUAAAAUCCUGAAAAGAAGCCCUCAACUACAACGCCACCAUUAUCCCCAGAACCAAGACCUCGCACUCAAAAUAAAAGACGUCCUCUCUCCCAACCCUCUAUAGACCCCUCUACCUCCCUGACCCCUCCCUUCUCCUCCUUCCCACCCAAACCUCGUGCCAACUCAAAACAGCAACGAAGAAAACCGCAAGUGACGCUUGUAGGGCCUGCUCUUAUCAGAAAGAGGAUUGAAAGAUAUCCCAAAAGAGAAUGGAAAUUCCCACACGAUGGGCUGACAAUACGUCAGAGAGAAGAAAAGCGAAGAAAAAUGUUGUACAGAAUCCCCACUGGUGAAACUGAGUUCUUUGAUUUCAAAGAAGAAGCUGCCAAAACUUCUCGAAGAAAUCAGGAAUUAGGCUAUUACAAUGAGAUCCUGAGGAAUUAUAAGAAGAUCAAAAACCUCAUGGAUUAUGAAAAUGAGUUAAAAAAUCAGGCUGAUUUAAUUGAAACUGAGGAAAAAUAGGAUUCUGCUAAUGCACAAGAACCCAAAGCUAGCAAGGAAGAAGUUUGCUAAAUAAACAGUUACUUGAGAAUAUUGAUCUCAAAAAGAGAGCUAAAUAAGGAAGUGAUGCAUAAAUUCAAAUCGAUAAAGAAGAAAUACAACUCGAGUCAAAACAAGAACCAGAAAUAUAUUUUCAAAAAGAUGCAGGAAGAGAUGGAUCUCACACUUAAUUAUAAAGUAAUCAAGGCUAAGCUGGAAGCCAAGUGCAGAAGAGAUGGAAUGAGAGAGCUAGCCAAAACUAAGGAGAUCGUCAAGCAAAAACUUAUUCAGGAGAUGAAAGACCAAAGAGCAACCACAAGAUAGUUAUUUAAUAAUCAAUAUUGAUAAUAGA